CAGGGAAAAGGUCAAACAAAUGGUCAUAACUGCAUGAUGCAUUUGAUACGCUGAAGAAUUCACAACUUGCUUCAGCUACACCACUUUUCCCGUGCCGUGUUGAAAGUGAUUUGUUUCAAUAGGAGAAUUCUCUUUGAUGAUGCCCCAUUCCCCCCAACUAAGUAUGCCACCGACCAAGGGUGAAACUUCCCGGAAAUGGGUAGGAAUUCAUAAUACACUCGGUAGCAUGCUAGACAAAUGGGGUGAGCUCCCCAUUUCUUUUGCGUUGCUCAUUUGGGAAAAGUUUUCGGGUGGACGAAUGCUUCGGUUUUGAAGUAUCAUCCACAAACGACUGGCCAAAUGUUGGACAACUUCUGGUGGAACGGUAUAACUACCGGUUAUUGCCAUGUGUAUAAGAAGGACAGACAACCAGCUAGAUGGAUGGAAGGGCAUGUUUUAAGCCCUUAAGCGUGCCGUAAGCAUAAAGCGGAAAAUCUGUCGAAACAAGUUUUUCGUACAACCCAUCCGUGCAUACCGUAUCACCCGUAAGACGCCCCGGUAAAGGAAACCCAUCGCUGAACUACAUCUGGACGAUGCAUCUUGACCAGCAAAAUGAACCGAGGGUGUGCUGUGACCUUCCCUCCCCUGGAAUGGAACGGAACAAAGCGAAACAAUUCGAACAAUGCUGCUUGUUGGAAGUUUUGCUACGACCGGAAGCAGAGUGGCGUACGUUUUUACCUUCCGCCAUUGAAAUGACGACUAGCCACGACCCACUACUAACGGCACUGCCAACCAACUCGCCCACACUAUUGCACUCGUCGUACGCUGUAUGCAAGUUAUGCAAUGGUGGAAGUCUUCAAAAGCGAACUGGCCAAGAUGCCCCGUAUGGUGAACUAUGCAAGAAAACAGCACAAACUUUCAACAGCUGUUUUGCUCGAAUGAAGCUGUACAUUUUAACUUAAUAAAACGUACCAGAGAGAAAGCGAACCGGGAAGAAUGCUACGGCCAGUAAAGACAAAACCACAACCCCGCGACACACAUCGUCCCAAACCAACCGAAACGAAAAUAACACGCUGUAGUACACGGAACAGAAUGCUUAACAUUUCCGUGUGCCAUGGGCCAUUGGGAAGACACAACCAACUCGAUCGCGAUGCAACGCUCGAAACACCACAAAAGACAAUCGCGGAACAAGCGACGGAGCUGACCACGGCAUGGAAAACGUCUUUUCCAACGAUUCCAAUACACUGAAGCCCGCCAAAACCGCCCAUCGUGAGGAGCGUAAAACAAUGACACCCGAAUGCAUUGUUGCAAUCGGAGGGAGUAUGCGGUGGGUAGAAGGGUAGGAAAAGGUCGCUGGAAGCGACUCGGACCAGGAGUCUGGAAACGAUUGAAAUAAUGAAAGCAAUAAGCAGAUAGUGAAAACUCCACACCACACUGCGCGAAUCGUGCCCAGUUGUGGACGGGUGUUUGACAACAGUCUCGAGGGUUCUUUCUUCGUUGGGGUUGUAUUGUUUUUAUAAUAUUCAGUAGAUGGUAAGAUGAGUAAUGUACCAAGUAGGAUUCUAGUUUGUGGUUGCCUUCGUGGAAGUGUGGCAAAGGAAAACCAGUAUCGAGGCAA